AUGAUUAGCCCUGCCAUGAAGGAUAUUUCGUCCACGAGCAGCAUAUGGUGGUCCCAGGUUGUGGAUGCAGCAACCUCUUACUAUCAGCACUGGUUGAUGUGUGACCCAGUAGCUCGGCUUUCAUUGCAACCUUCGCAACCAUAUCGUUUUGAACACACCAAGUAUGCACGUGUUGAGCAGAGAGCUUUGACGAUGCUGUUGCGUGCCGUGCCUACAGUAAUCAAGGAAGAGUUGGUUGCAAAUCGGAAGUUGUCCUGCAUCGAGCUCUUAGCCUUGGUUCACACAACCUACCAACCAGGUGGGCUGAAGGAACGGUCUGCGUUGUUGCGCUAUCUCACGAACCCUGACGGUUGCACGGAACCAGUAGCCGCACUUCGCAGCAUUAAACGGUGGUCACGGUGGAAGCACAGAGCAGCAGAACUGCACAUCUCUACUCCUGAUCCUACCUUACUGUUAGGAGGUGUGGACAUGAUGGUGUCCAAGGCGUUGGCGUUGUACCCGGAAUCACAAUUUAGGAUUUCGUCCUACCGAUUCGCGAAGAGCAUAGAUCACCAGCCUACUGAGGCCAAGGUUGUGGAGUUGGUGAGGUUCGUUCAGGGUGAACUUGAGACCUUGGUGGCUUCAGGUACAGUUCGAUCUAAGACGAAGCCGGACGGGGAUGCAGAUGCCGGUAAGCGUUUGAGGAUUGCGAAGGUUGAGGACAACGAUGCCAAGGGGAAGGGUAAAUCUAGAGAUGAUGCUCCGAAGGGCGCUGAGGGCAAGGGUAAGGCGAUUUGCAAACAUUGGAGAACCGACAAGGGUUGCAGGUUCGCUAAGGCCUGUAAGUUUGCUCAUGAGCCAUUGCACCCUUCCGAGAAGCGUUGCUUUGCUUGCUCAGCGCUCAAUCAUAUGCGAUCGGAAUGCCCUUAUGAGCCUAAGGACGGACGUGCUUCAGAGAAUCCGAAAGGAAAAGGAAAGGGAGGUGAAACGGUAGCAAAGGCUAGCGCUCAGGCCUCGGCUCCUGCUUCCAACAAUCCCAUGCCACCUAGUCAGUCCUCUAGCCAGGCCCCCGCCACGGACUCUGAAGACAUUCUCAAGAAAGCCGCAGCCAUGAUUGAGACCCUGCAGACCUCCAUAAAAACUGUAGGUGACGGCUACGGAGGUCAAGGGAAGGUGAGGGCAGAUGGGGACUUCCUGAACUUCCGCAAGGAUCCCUAUGAGCUCCUUGGGAAGGCGUUCUCCGCGAGCGUACAUGAAGGUGUCAGGGCUAGGUAUUUCUUGGCUGCCAAUCUGUCAGUCCCGUUUGAUGUGCAUGUUGCUGGGAGUGAGAAGCCGGUAGCCGACGAACCCGAUGAGCCUGCACCAAGUGCAAGUGAAGAGCCAGCGGAGUGGGAACAAGCUGGUGAUUACGAGGAGCUUGACGCGGAGCACAAACAGGUUGGUGAGCUACUUCCAGAGGAAGGGGUUGACAAGGACAACUACCUGAGCAAGGUUCAGAUGGUAAACGUUCCUUUCGGGAUUCCGUUGAAGAACAAAGGGGCUCAGGAGGUCUUGAGGGCACUGAAGCUCAUUGAUGCUCGCGCGUCUUGUCUCGGGAUAAAAAUCGCUCGCCUUCACUCGGACAAGGGCGCUGAAUUUGACAACCGCUUUGUUCGGGACUGGGCGGCGUCAAGGGGGAUUUGGAAGUCUUCGACUGGGGGAGACAAUUGGCGAUCGAAUGGCACUGCAGAAGCCUUAGUCGGCAUUCUCAAGGACUCUGUUCGAGUUCUCUUGCGGGAUGCAGGGCUUGGCCCACGGGACUGGCCUUACGCUUUGAGGCACGCAGCAGGGAGGUUGUUUCAGUCCAGGGUUAAAGCGCUGGGUUGGGAUCUUCCACCUCUGGUUCCUUUUGGGGCAAAGGUGUUUGUUCAUCGCCGAACCUGGCAUUUGAAGAAGGAUGCUGACAAGGAAUGGGCUGCCAAGGCUGUUGAGGCUAGAGUUCUUGCGCCAGCAUUCGAGGUUGAUGGCGGGUAUCUUGUCCGAACAGUCAAGGAUGAACUGUACAAUACCAGCUGUGUGUACGAAAACGUUGAAUACCUUGAUCCAGCUCGGUUUGUCAUCCCUGAGGAUAAGGCUACGGAAGCGGACAUCCUGAGGGUGAAAGUUUCGUGGGCGGGGCGUGUGGCGGUGAGUCAGCUGGGCCUUUUGAUGUCUCAGUGUAGGCGGCAUGCGGAUGUGAGUCAACCAACGCAAUUUGCUGACGAUGACUUUGUUGAUGACGCUGUAAGGCAUGCCGUAGUUCGAAAGAUCCUUGAGCUGGAGCAAUCUAGCUGUGCCAAGGCUGGCGAAGAGCUGGUGUACAGUUUGUUGCCAGAUGCUGAGGUUCUGUGCACGCACACGGUGCCCUUGGUUGAGGUAGAGCGGUACUAUGGUCUUUGGAAGGAUGCUCUUGAAAAGGAGCUGCAUUCGAUGACACAUGAAAAGCAGGCUCUCAAGGUGAUUUCUGAGGAAGAGCUGACCAAGUACCAAGAAGCUGGAACGCGUGCCAUGGUCAUCCCAAGCAAGCUUGUGUGCACCAGAAAGAGUGGUGGUAGAUUCAAGGCCCGGCUAGUGGCGUGUGGCAACUACGUUGAUCUUGGUGGCAAGGACGGUGAGAAUCGGAGUGCAAGUGUGGACUUGUACGCCGGCGGGAUCGACGCGGCAGUGCUUAGACAGGUGUUGGCGCAUGCUGCCAAGAAAGGGUCAUGGUCAGCUGGCACUACUGACGUCUCUACGGCAUUUUUGAAUGCUGAGCUUUUAGAUCGCCAGAACCCGCUCACUAAGCCAGCUCCGCUCUCACAAGAGGUUCCGUCGGAAGUUGUUGUGCUCCGUCCGCCCUCGCUGUUGAUCAGGCAUGGUUUGUUGCCUGCGCGCAGCUUGAUGCUUGUCCAGGGGGCCGUAUAUGGCCUAGAUCAAUCCCCGCGUGACUGGGGCAUACGUCGCGACAAGGAUCUGCGCACGAUUCGCUUGAUGCUUGACACUUGUGAGUAUCGGCUUGUGAUGUCGGACGUUGACAACAACCUGUGGUUUUUGACCACCGGCCGUAAGUCGGAUCCUGUCGUGGCUUGCUUGAUGGUGUACGUGGAUGAUCUUCUCGCUACGGGACCGCUGGCGGUGAUCCGGCCGCUGCUUGAUGAGAUCUCAAAGCUCUGGCAGUGCGGCACUGUAUCUUUUCUGCCUGAGGACACGUCUGAGGUGCCCUUGGUAUUCUUUGGGUAUGAGAUCAGGCGAGUUGGUAGGAGCUUUCAUCUCAGCCAGAGGGACUACGUAAAGGAGCUUGCUACGAGGUAUCAUGAUCUUCCCGCUCCCUCUACGCCUCUUCCCCCAGGAACCUUGGACAUACCACUCGCAGAGGAGCAAUCAGCCAGCGACCUCAAACAGUGCCAGGCCAUGCUAGGAGAAGCUUUGUGGGUUAGCACGAGAACGCGGCCUGAUGUUUGCUUUGCGGUUUCUCGUCUUUCUCAGGCGAUGUCCAAGAAUGCAGCUGUAGUUAGGCCACUUUGCCUUCACUUGCUAGGAUACUUGUGCCGUACCAAAGACUUUGGCCUCCUGUAUACUGAUCAGUAUCCAGUUCAGGGUGAGCCAGGUUCGGUUGCUUCGGUCACUGGCAAGUAUGUUGUAGAGGCUCAAACGGACGCAGCAUUCGCGCCCACCUGUGAGAGAUCGCAUGAGGCCACAAUGGUGUACACUGAGGGUUCAUUGACGGGUUGGUUGUCAACUCGACAGCCAUUCGUAGCGUCUAGCACAGCUGAAGCCGAAUUGCUCUCUUUGACCACUGGCUUCUCGUACGGGAGGUCGCAGCGGUUCGUGAUUGAGGAGGUUGAGGGGUGCAAGAUAGAUUUAAGGGUUCUCAAUGAUAACCUUGCAGCUACCACGAUCUGCAACAGUCCGUCCACCAACUGGCGAACUCGCCACCUGAGGAUUCGGGCUGCCCAUUUGCGAGAGCAGAUCAGUGAAGGGGAGUGCUCAGUUUCUCAUGUUGAGGGUGCCAGAAACACUGCUGAUUUAGGAACUAAGGCACUCCAGCCUCAGAGGUUCGAGAUGCUUCGGGCCAUGAUGGGAGUUGUUAGCCUCUCAGAGGUCACUGCUCGUCCUGCAGCUGCCACUGUCUCGUCCGGUCCACCGGUUGAGGAAGCUCUUAGAGUCGUUGUCGCUGCACUUUGCGUGGCAUCAGUUAAGGGUCAACCGUUGAGUGAGGGUUCGGAUGAUUUUGGUUUUUGGAGACUCAUCUUGCUCUGGAGCGUGUUGGUGAUUCUUGUCUGGGAGAUCGUCAAGUGGGGCUGUCGGGUGAGCUGCCGGAGGUUCGUGUUACCGGACAUGCCUGAGCCAGACUCAGAAGCUUCCCAAUCUGAGCGGGAGCAGGAACCUGAUGACGAGGAUCUUUUGGUAGAAACUGAUAGGCCUCAGGUUACCGCUGAGCCUUUGGAUGAGGACCCUGGUGUGAUGCCAUUUCGGUACGCUGAUGAUGUCGUGUAUCUUGUUCCUCGUAGGCCCACGAUUGCCUAUCAUACUGAACCAGAGCAGCAGGUCCUAGAGCAGGCAGGGAUUAGAAGACGUCACGCUUUGAGAGUUUAUGCUCCCGAACCUGAUGAUGAGCCGUUGCCGCAAGUGAGAGGUGUCGGGUCCGAUGAUGUUCCUAGGGAAGCUGAGCGUGUCGUUAGGGUCUCCGACCUCGCGCCGCUGCCGAGUUUUCAGGAGGGGGGUCCGUUAAGGCGUCUGGUGGAAGCCAGGGAGCGGGCAGAGGUCCUGCAGGGGAUGUUGAACAUGCCCCCUAUGGUACCUAUCGUGCUUCACCCUUUUUGGCCUGCGCCACCACAGCUGACGGUGAGAGAGCUUCGGACAAUGGCAUCUGAGUGGGGUGGUCCUGCGAGUUCUCUGUAUCAAGAGCCACAUCCGGCUUACCACGGCGAUCAGUACAUCUACGUGCCCGAUGUGAGACCACGAGUGUUGGUGAGAUGGCAUAUGCGGCCGCGUGUGGGAUUAUUCCAUCCGGAACAGGCGCCUACGCCAAUUCCUCUCGGUGCUCUUACAGGACAGCGACGCACGCUGCAGGGAUUUGCCAAUGGGGACAGGGUCAUUUGGGAUGACCGCUUCACGAAUCCAGAUCCUGAGAGGCCACAUGAAAAUCUGCGGAGAGGACGCACAGAGCUGGAAGUAGACCCAGAUGAACUGGCGAGACUCCAAGGGGGAAAUGAGGACUCCGAUUAG